CUUCAGAGAGGCAGGAAGCCGUUUUGCGGCAUUUGUGAUGUUGAAGCGGGAAGCCACGGAAAUCUGCUCACACUGACAGUCAACAACGCAAAAGGAGACAGCUUCACCAGUCCACUAAGAGGGCAAGCAUGCCUCGAGAGAUCAUAACACUACAACUUGGACAAUGCGGGAAUCAGAUUGGGUUUGAGUUCUGGAAGCAGCUGUGUGCUGAGCAUGGCAUCAGUCCUGAGGGCAUUGUGGAGGAGUUCGCCACAGAGGGCACGGACCGAAAAGAUGUAUUCUUCUACCAAGCAGACGAUGAGCACUACAUCCCCCGGGCAGUGCUGCUGGACCUGGAGCCGCGCGUCAUCCACUCCAUCCUGAACUCGCCCUACGCCAACCUGUACAACCCGGAGAACAUCUACCUGUCGGAGCACGGCGGUGGCGCCGGGAACAACUGGGCCAGUGGCUUCUCUCAGGGAGACAAAAUCCACGAGGACGUGUUUGACAUCAUCGACAGAGAGGCAGACGGCAGUGACAGCCUGGAGGGGUUUGUGCUGUGCCACUCCAUCGCUGGAGGAACUGGUUCUGGACUGGGCUCCUAUUUAUUGGAACGCCUCAAUGACAGAUAUCCCAAGAAGCUGGUGCAGACCUACUCAGUGUUCCCCAACCAGGAUGAGAUGAGUGAUGUGGUGGUGCAGCCCUACAACUCUCUCCUGACACUCAAGAGAUUGACACAGAAUGCCGACUGUGUGGUGGUCCUGGAUAACACUGCUUUGAACAGGAUUGCUACUGAUCGACUGCACAUCCAGAAUCCUUCCUUCUCCCAGAUCAAUCAGCUGGUCUCCACCAUCAUGUCUGCCAGCACAACAACUUUGCGUUACCCUGGUUACAUGAACAACGAUCUGAUUGGUUUGAUAGCUUCACUCAUCCCCACACCCCGCCUCCACUUCCUCAUGACUGGAUACACCCCUCUCACCACAGACCAGUCGGUGGCCAGUAUCAGGAAGACCACAGUGCUGGACGUGAUGAGGAGGCUCCUGCAGCCUAAGAACGUGAUGGUGUCCACUGGACGCGACCGCCAGACCAACCACUGCUACAUAGCCAUUCUCAACAUCAUCCAGGGAGAGGUGGACCCCACGCAGGUUCAUAAGAGCCUUCAGAGGAUCAGGGAGAGGAAGUUGGCCAACUUCAUCCCGUGGGGCCCUGCCAGUAUCCAGGUUGCACUGUCUCGCAAGUCGCCCUAUCUGCCCUCGGCCCACCGCGUCAGCGGCCUCAUGAUGGCCAACCACACCAGCAUCUCCUCGCUGUUUGAGCGCACCUGCAAGCAGUACGACAAGCUGCGGAAGCGCGAGGCCUUCCUGGAGCAGUUCCGGAAGGAGGACAUGUUCAAGGACAACUUUGACGAGCUGGACAACUCGCGCGAGGUCGUGCAGCAGCUCAUCGAUGAGUACAGCGCAGCCACGCGGCCCGACUACAUCUCCUGGGGCUCACAGGAGCAGUGAGACACACACACACACUCACACACUCUCAAGGCUGUGCCUCAUGAAAAGGAGUCUACACACAGCUGUGCUUCAUCAGGAGCCCACACACACACACACACACACACACACACACACACACACACACACACUGAUAAAGAAGUCUCCGAGCCUUCUACGUCCCUGUGCCACACUCAAAGAGUGGACAUUGUUGAUAACUGUUUGCUGAAGCGCCUCCCGGUUGGUCCUGACAUGGGAUCAGUAAGGACCUUAGCCCUCCAAUGAUAAAGUAGAGUAGCCAGAAAGGAAAUGGCUGUUCCCAGAACAGUCCCUCCUCCUCUUCUUAGAGUCCCAUGUCUCUCUCUCUCUCUCUCUCUCUCUCUCACUCAUGUGUGCCUCAAAAAGUGCUCCACAAUUGUAGUCAAGUGCUUGUUCAGUCUGUCUCCUCUGCUCUCUCUCUCUCUCUGGCACAGUCACCGCUACCUCUCAACCUUUUUCUUCUUCUUUUUGCUGAUCUACAGCUUUCCCUGUCUGGCUGAAUGACAUACUGCUGCUCCUCCACAGCAUUUACUAGAGAUGCGCAUUCCCAUUAAUAUGUACAUAAAAAAAGACACCGUGGCAUCCAGGCCUGGUGCAUCUGUCUGUAGAGUCCCUGAGCUCUUUGACACGGCAGAAGAUAAACAGAAGAUGGUUUCCUGUCGUUCCAGAUCAUCAAGUGACUACUCAGAGGUGUAAAUGAUCAUCUCUCAGUCUGUCUCUCCCUCUUUCUCUCUCUCUCUCUCUCUCUCUCUCUCUCUCUCUUUCUCGUUCUCUCUUUCUGACAUAGGUUUAAAAAUAGCUCAGGCAAUCACACAAGAGAUGUGUCUGAAUGUAACCCUAGAGGGGCUGGAGUAAGACUGGAGACGGAAAUGGAGAGUCGGGAAGCACACACACACACACAAAGUUAGUCACAUUUUGGUCCCUCCUGCACACAAGCUACACAAUCAGUCUUUCCCUCAGGAGAAUGAAAUAUAUGCACACGCACACACCCACACACACACAUAUGCACGCACACACACACAGCUGUUUCUGUGUUGCUGCUGAAGGAAACACACAGAAUUCUUUGUGGUGUGUGUGUGUGUGCAAACCACUGUGUUUAAUACAGUCCAGGUGUGGAUGGUGGAAUGGUACUGUGUUCCACUGAGUUCUUAAAGCGUUGCGUGGGUUUGAAGUGGGUCUGACUUGUCCAGGAGAGGCCUGCAGUUUAAAUCUCCCACUCAGCCACAACCCCCCCCCCCCCCCCCCCCCAAAAAAAAAACACACACACACACUCCCCCCUCCUCUUCUCCCUCAUCCUCAACAUGAGCCCAGUGUGCGUGAGCUGGAGCUCUGUCUGACGUCACACACACACACACACACACACACAACACUUCCCAGUGCCGUCGCUCUGCUCACAUGCUCCAAAUGUAAAUACUCAGCUGCUUCAAAUUUACUCAAGUUGUGAUAUGGUAAAAAUAAAUGGUUGUUUUUUUUC